UCGUGUCCGGGAAAGCAUCGCCUCUGGAUUCGCCCCUUUCAGACUCUAGCGAUAGUACUUGCUACGUAUUUCCCUCCGCGUGGUUGGUUGGCUCAUUUCGGAGGGAAAUUCUCUCCUUAUGCAAAGGAGGGAAGUACCAUCCUGUCCAGUCUCAUAGUUUGGGAUGGUACCCCGACAUUCUGGCUUGCCGAUGCUGAGGCUAUUAAGGCUGUUACCUCGGAUCGGCAUGCUUUUAGGAAAGAGACAGAAGUAGUGCGUUUAUGA